AUGGCUUUACAAUCCUUUGGACUUAGCUUGGAUGUUGAUUUCAUCGAAAACUGUCAGAUCCUCGACAAGACUGUCCUCGGCUACGGCGCGACUUUCGGCUUGCAGAAGGCCAACCAUUUGACUGGAAACCAGUACUCGCAAGUCGGUUCAAUUGCACCGAUAGCACAACUAGCAUGGCAGCCUGUCUCCUCCUUCCUGAUCGUCAAGGUCCCGCACAGGAUCCUGAUGCCUUGUCUUUGCCUAGGAUGGGGCGUAGCGCAGGCUUCGAUGGCCGCGUGCCAUAGUUUCGGCGGGCUUAUGGCUGCUAGAUUCUUUCUCAGACUGUUUGAGGGAGGGUGUCUGCCGCUGUUUAGCAUCAUCACGUCGCAAUGGUAUAGACGAUCUGAGCAGCCUUUGAGGGUCGCAGCGUGGUAUGGGACUAAUGGUAUUGCUACUAUGGUUGCUUCGGCGCUGUCGUAUGGGUUGGGUCAUAUUCCUUCGGCUGUGCUUGAGUCGUGGCAGAUUAUAUUCCUGUUCGUCGGCCUCGUCACAAUCGCCUCCGCACCCUUCAUCUACUGGAAACUCGACAAUGAUAUUCCGUCUGCUCGGUUUUUGACAUCAGAGGAGAAGCCACAAGCCCUCGAACGCCUUCGCGCCAAUCAAACAGGAACUGGAAGCCGGGAGUUCAAAAGCCCACACCUUCUCGAACUCCUCCUCGAACCGAAGACAUAUCUCUGGCUAGCACUCAGCAUGCUCCUCAAUGUCGGAGCAUCGGUCACGAACACAUUCGGUCCGUUAAUUAUUGGAGGUUUGGGCUUCGACAAAUACACCACUUCCCUUCUCAACAUCCCCUUCGGCUUCGUCCAAUUUCUGAUUAUCAUCUGGGCAUCUUGGAUGGCUCAACGUUUCCGUCUCAAGUCAGCUGUGCUUUUCUUCAUCACUUUACCUGUCAUAGCUGGACUGGCCAUGCUCUACAUAAUUACGCAUACCAAGAAACACGAGGGAGCAUUACUAGCGGGCUACUAUCUCCUCGCCUUCCUCUUCGGCGGGAACCCGUUGAUCGUCGCCUGGAUCGUAGGCAAUACAGCCGGCACGACGAAGAAGUCCGCCAUGAUGUCCGCUUACAACGCCGCAAGCAGUGCGGGAAAUAUCGUCGGACCUCUGCUAUUCAACUCAGCUGAUGCGCCUACAUACCAUCCGGGUCUGCGAGCCGUGCUGGGGAUAUUCGUGGCACUAGCCGCUUGCUCGAUUCUGCAGUUGAUCAAUCUUGUGUUCUUGAAUAAGUUGCAGGAGAGGAAAAGGGUGAAGAAUGGGAAGAGUGCGAAGUUGGUAGAUCAUAGUAUGGAGGAGAAAUAUCAUGAUGUCGAUGAGCAGAUUGAUGAGAGCGCUGGGGUGGCGGAAGGUGAGGUCGGUGUCGGGGUGAGAAGAGAGAGGAUUGGAGAUCAGGCGUUCUUGGAUUUGACGGAUGGGAGGAAUGAUGAAUUUGUUUAUAUCUACUAG